AUGCCUGCGACAUUGAAGAGCGGGUAUGCCGCCAGCGACCCCAAUGCAGAUGGUCCUACUGCUAAGCCAUCCUCCAGCAAGAAAAUUCCAAACCUACCAACUCAGCCUAAGGGAUCGCAACAUUCCGGCGGCCCCCUCACCCUGCCCCCAGGAUUUACUUCGGAGGUAUACGAUGAGUUCAUAGCCGCUGCGCGGCAGAUACUUGGGGAGCAAAAUGUGACUGUGAUUACGGAUGUUGCACAGCUGAGUCUUGAACACUAUACAGAUCCCUCGAAGGUACAUGAUAUGCACAACGUGGUUGAAAAGACAUAUUUUGUAGCAUCGGCUGUUUUGUGUCCCCGAGAUGUAAAGGACGUUCAAGACAUCAUGAAGCUGUGUAACCAGUUCGAAAUGCCUGUUUGGCCAUUCUCUAUUGGGCGGAAUACUGGAUACGGUGGCGCUGCACCUCGGGUGCCUGGAAGUGUCGCCCUUGACCUUGGAAAAAAUAUGAACAAGAUUCUGGAAGUCAACGUCGAAGGCGCUUUCGCACUCGUUGAACCUGGCGUUACAUUCUUUGACUUGCACGAAUACUUGGUUAAGAACAACCUGCGUGAUCAACUUUGGAUUGAUGUCCCAGAUAUUGGCGGUGGAUCGAUCAUUGGAAAUGCUGUUGAGCGUGGGGUUGGGUAUACACCAUACGGAGAUCACUGGAUGAUGCACUGCGGUAUGGAAGUCGUUUUGCCCAGCGGAGAACUUAUCCGUACAGGCAUGGGUGCACUUCCGGAUCCAUCACGUCCACACCCUGACGGGCUCAGGCCUGAUCAAGUUCCCGGAAAUCGAGCGUGGCAACUAUUUAACUAUGGCUUUGGACCCUAUAAUGAUGGGAUAUUCUCCCAAAGCAAUUUGGGUAUAGUCACGAAAAUGGGAAUUUGGCUCAUGCCAAAUCCCGGAGGUUACCAAGCAUAUCUCAUCACACUUCCCAGAGACGAAGAUCUCCACACAGCACUCGAUAUUAUUCGACCUCUACGUCUACAAAUGGUCCUUCAAAACGUGCCAACGCUUCGUCACAUUUUGCUUGAUGCAGCUGUGAGCGGAAAUAAAAAGUCAUACACUCAGAAGGACGAACCGCUAGACGACGAAGAACUGGAUGCCAUAGCCAAAAAGUUGAAACUUGGUCGAUGGAAUUUCUAUGGUGCUGUCUAUGGACCGGAGCCCGUACGAAAGGUAUUGUGGAGCGUCAUCAAAGAAGCCUUCUCGAAAAUUGAGGGAGCACAAUUCAUUCUUCCCGAAGAGACCAAAGACCACCCAGUACUUCAAACUCGAAGCGGUACCUUGCAAGGAAUUCCUUCUCUCGAUGAGCUGGCUUGGGUCAACUGGCUCCCCAAUGGUGCGCACUUAUUCUUCUCUCCAAUUGCCAAGAUUACAGGCGAUGACGGUAUGCUCCAAUACUCGAUGACAAAAAAGCGGUGCAAAGAAGCUGGGGUUGAUUUCAUCGGGACUUUCACAAUUGGUAUGCGCGAGAUGCACCACAUUGUCUGUAUAGUCUUCGACCGCUACAACAAGGAGAAACGCGACCGAGCUCAUUGGCUGAUUCGAACAUUGAUUCAAGACGCCGCAGAGCACGGCUGGGGUGAGUACCGGACACAUCUUGCCCUCAUGGAUCAGAUUGCAGAUACAUACUCUUUCAAUGACAAUGCUCAGAGAAAGUUGAAUGAGACUAUGAAGAAUGCUCUUGAUCCCAAAGGAAUCUUGGCCCCGGGUAAGAACGGUGUGUGGCCCUCGAAUUAUGACCGGGAGGCUUGGAGGAUUCCAGGUCCGGACUCUCUGUGAUGCAUCUUUUUGAACUUCUGUUAAUAAGUGUUUCAAUGGAUACUCUAAAAUAUUGUCAAUAGCC